AUGGAGCGACCUGAAUGGAUGGAGCGACCGCCCAUACCUGGCCGCAGAGAUAUCCUUGAAGCUUUCUUGUACAAAGAUAUAGGUUGGAAUCUUAACUCUGCAAUGGGUUCGUGUUGGUAUGUUUGCAGAUGCAAGUCGCCCUGCAGCGCCGCAUGUCCGCCUUGCCAGGAGAAGUGUCGCUGGAAAUGCUCCCACAGCCGCUGCAAUAAAAUCUGUGGCGCUCCUUGCACUCCGUGCCAGGAGCCCUGCAGCAGCGAGUGCGAGCACCAGGCGGUGCGGUGCUCGAAGAAGUGCGGUGAGGCCUGCGACCAGGAGCCCUGCGAGGAACCGUGUCCCAAAACACUGGCGUGUGGUCACCCUUGCGUGGGUCUCUGUGGAGACCCCUGCCCUCCGCUGUGCCGCGAAUGUAACUUCGACAAGCUUACGGAAUUUGAACUCGUCUGCAACGAAAAGGACCCAGACGCCCGGUUCGUGCUGCUGCAAGACUGUGGUCACACCAUUGAACACGAUGGCCUCUCUGGCUGGCUCAAGCACAAGGCCGACAAUAGCGUGCAGAUGAAGCCAUGCCCGCGUUGCAAGACGCCCAUCUACAACAACCGUCGUUUCAACGCCCUCAUCCUCGAGACUUAUAAGGAUGUCCAAACUGUGCUCUUCAAACAUAGCGGCCAGCAAGUUCCUACCUUGAAACAGAUCGUGGACAAAUUCUCAACAGAAAACAUGGUCAAUGACGCGGGACAGCCUGGUCUUGAACUGAAUAAUUCCCUGUUUUUCCUGGACUGCAUCACCAAGAGUCAGAUGCGGAAGACCGUCUUCAACUACAUGAACGCGCUGCAAUCUUCUAAACUCAAGGGACCGAAAGCUCGCCCGAAGGAAUUCAGGUUGGAUGCUGCACAGCUACAUCUGUUGAAUUUCCAAGCGGAUGUGGUCAUCAUGGCCAAGAAGAUCCACGAUGAGCUUGACGAGUCGCUUAAAAAAGACCUGGAGCGCUUGAUGGAGCGAGUCAUGAGUCAA